GUCAGUAUUUUGAUCCUCCGUGGAGUUCGAGCUUUGCUUAUCACUCACAUCGCCCCCUUAACAGACUGUGAGUGUCUCAUCCCUCGAGCCUUGCUCAUCAACGACAUCGCUGAUCCAUUGAUAGGAGGUGAGUUUGUUCAUUCUCCCUUGACCUCAGGCUCGAGCCAUGCCGACCGAAGACAUUAUUCAUUGACAGCGUGUGAGCGUAUUGGUCCUCAGCAGAGGGACACAAUUUUCAACUUUCCAUCAUGA